AUGUUUUUAUGUUACGUAUUAAUUUUUUUAUCGCCGGUCGUAAUUGCCAUGCCAUCAUCGAUUGUUUAUCAACAACCAUCGUCAGGUUUAAACGCUAUCAACACGUGUUUGACAAACUCGUUCGGACAAUGUCCGAACGUUUUGUUACAACCUCAAAUUCAUAAUCCCGUCCUUAGUUUACCCGUAGUUCAAAAAACUCCUUUGUACACUCCAGUAACACACAAAACCGUUUUGACACCGACACAUCAUAAACCUUUGAUCAUCCCUCACAUACACAAACCCAUAUUACGACCCCCUAUAAUUCCUAAACCCCUCGUCAUUCCAAUCCUACCAAAAUCAUUGAUCUCACCCAUACGAGACGCCAUUUUACCUAUAAAAAUCAUUCCUUUUUUUCAAAGUUUGUUAGAUAUUUUUGGUAAAUCCGUCGGUUUGCAAUCGAAAUCGAAUUAUUUACAACCCGUGACGAUUCAAGGUCAAAGUUUAAACAAUAUUAUCGAUUAUCCAAAAACUUACCAUGGCUAA